GCUGCCCGGCCGAGCCGAGCCGGGCCGGGCCGGGCGGCGGAACGGGCAGCGCGGGGUCGGGGGGGGCCAGGCCGCGGCGGGGGAGAGGGGUGAAGGCUACACACCCAGCAGGAGGCCGUCCAUGUCAAAGAUCAGGUAACUAACCGUUGAUCGUUGAAAUACCAGUUGCAGAAGCAGACAUGAAGAAAGCUGUAUCGGGCUCCCAAGGUGACAUACUGGCUUGGAGAUGUGUACUGCUCUGCAGUUCUGUGUGAAGGCAGUGAUUAGUUGCUGCUUCGCGUAAGGGAAGUCCUGUCUUUUUUGCCUGUAGUUCCCGUGACUGGACUUUGAACCCAUUUACCAGUAAUAAGUGUGCAGCCAUCUUGUUUGAAAACUAGAGGCAGAAACUGACACAAUUCCGUGCCGCAAGUUCUUUUCACUUCCAAAUUUCUACCUCAGUCUUGGUUUCCUCCGCUUUCCUUCUUGUCCCGGCAUAAUCCAGAGUGCAGGUGUGACUCCUGCCUCAUCUGCAUUUGAAAAAGGCUGCCUGCAUCCAGAAAAGGAAGAAGAUGAGACUCCUUUUAUUUCUAGUAAUUUGCCAGUGUGCCAUAAACAGUGUCAAAACACAUAAUCCCAAUGUCAUUUUACUGAUGGCUGAUGAUCUUGGUAUUGGAGACCUGGGAUGUUACGGGAACAGAACCUUAAGGACCUCUAAUAUUGACAGGCUAGCAGAGGAGGGAGUGACACUUACUCAGCAUAUAGCAGCAUCCCCACUUUGUACUCCAAGCAGGGCAGCUUUCCUGACAGGGCGAUAUCCUAUCAGAUCAGGAAUGGCUGCCUUCUCACGAGUUGGUGUCUUCUUAUUUUCUGCCUCUUCUGGGGGUCUUCCUUCUGAAGAAGUAACUUUUUCCAAACUCCUGAAGCAGAGAGGUUAUGCAACAGCUCUAAUAGGAAAGUGGCAUCUUGGGAUGAACUGUGAAAGCAGUAAUGACUUCUGUCACCACCCCCUCAGUCAUGGAUUUGAUUACUUUUAUGGGCUUACUGUGACCAAUUUUAGAGACUGCAAACCUGGCCAAGGCAGCGUAUUUUUAAAAGGGGUUCAGAAAUCCCUUGUCAUCCCAAUCCAAAUCACUGGAAUCACCCUGGUCUCUUUGGCAAUAGUGCAGUACAUUGGCCUUCUCAAAGUACCUUUCCAAGCAUUGGGUUACUGCUUGUUAAUAGCCGCUAUUUCACUUGCGGUUUUGAUUUUUUUCUUUUAUCAUUUUCGACACUUGAACUGCUUCUUAAUGAGGGACCAUCAGAUUAUCCAGCAACCACUAUCCUAUGAGAACCUUACGCAGAGACUGACGAAGGAAGCCAUGCAGUUUAUACGAAGGAACACCGAUACACCAUUUCUUCUUUUCCUGUCUUAUCUACAUGUCCAUACUGCUCUAUAUGCUUCAAAAAAUUUCAGAGGAAAGAGCAAGCAUGGUUUAUAUGGGGAUGCAGUGGAGGAAAUGGACUGGAGUGUAGGGCAGGUUCUGGAUGUGCUGGAGAAAUAUAAUCUGAGCGAUAAAACUCUUGUGUACUUUACCUCUGACCAAGGGGCUCAUGUUGAAGAAAUCUCCAGUUCUGGAGAAGUCCAUGGAGGAUACAAUGGCAUAUAUAAAGGUGGAAAAUCAAUGAACUGGGAAGGAGGUAUUCGUGUGCCAGGGCUUCUCCGUUGGCCUGGAGUGAUACAAGCUGGUGCCUAUAUUGAUGAGCCAACAAGUAACAUGGAUAUAUUUCCUACCAUAGUCAAACUUGCAGAGGCACAGUUACCCUCUGACAGAAUUAUUGAUGGACAUGAUCUGAUGCCCUUACUUCAAGGAAAAGUAACCAGAUCCAAGCAUGAAUUUCUCUUCCAUUACUGUAAUGCAUAUUUAAAUGCAGUGCGCUGGCAUCCAGGAAACAGUGAAUCUGUCUGGAAAGUCAUCUUCUUCACUCCAAACUUCAGUCCUGAAGACUCCAAUGGUUGCUACGAUUCUCACGUUUGCUUCUGCCAUGGAGGAUUCAUCACACAGCAUGAUCCCCCACUGCUCUUUGAUCUUUCCAGAGACCCUGAAGAGAAAGUCCCACUGACUCCAGAAACGGAGAGCCGUUUCUACGAAAUCCUCAGGGUCAUACACCUAGCAGUAGACAACCACACCAGAUCCCUGCAUCCUGUCCCUGACCAGCUGUCAUGGGACAACCUUCUCUGGAAGCCGUGGCUCCAAGUGUGCUGCUCAUCUCUCUUUCAGUCUUGCUACUGUGACUAUGACUCAGAAGGGAGACCGCUAGAGGUGCGCUCAGGAUAAACAAGCUGUAAUUCCCUUUCAGAAACUGGAACAAGAGAGGGCGGGUAGCUGACUUGCACCACUGCGGUACUAGCCUUCAGAAGGGUUCGUUAUGUAGGAGGACCUGUCUUCAAAUACAUCAUUGCAGUAGAAGAGAAUUUCAGUCAAGAAAAUGUGCCAAGAGAAGGAGGGCAAGACACACCUCUUCUGUCUUUGUAAUACAAGAAUCAGUAUGAAGCACAUGUUGCUGUCCUCAUUUACAAAUGGGUAGGCUGUAGGUAUUUUCUAGAUGAGAUCAUUUUCUAGAUCUUCAGAUUCAGCUUUUUUCUUGCACAGCAAGGAAUUUACCUAUAGUUUCUGUCAAUUACAGCUACUAAAUGCACAUUUUCUUGUCCUUUUUGCUAAGUGUUAUCCACCGUCAGUGGGACAUAGCACCGAGUAAUUGAAAAUAGAGAGAUAACAGUGGGGAGGUCCACCUGUGACUAUAAUUUGGUAGCUCAUAGAUAGGUAAAGAGCAGCCCUGCAACAGCAUCUCUGUCAACAAGCAACACAGAUAUGAAAUAAUAAACAGAUUGCCAACAAGCUAACAUUGCAUGUGCCAUAAAAAUGUAGAGAGCUGUGUAGUGGAAGACCUUGCAUCCACAUUAAAACAGUGCUCCCUGGCUGGUGUCCUACUGCACAGCAACAGCCUUUGUUUCAAAAGGAAACCGCUUCAAGUGCACCAGUCAUGUGCUUGAGUGUGUACCAUACGUCUCCAUAUAUAUAUAUAUAUAUAUGCAAGCAAAAUUCGUAACCCCCCAAAACCCCCCAAAUCCUUCAAUCCCUGAUAUAGACACGCCCCUAUGGUCAUAACCCAGUUGCUAAAAUUAAAGAUUUGGUCCAUACUUGAUAUCUGAGUUCCAAAUUCACAUGAUACUACAAAUAUAUCUUUCACUAUCUAUCUACCAUACCUGUUCUUCUACUGAUGACAGUGGUGUGCAUCACAAAUAAAUAAAAUUUGAUCUUCCUUUAAAUAUCUUUGCCAUCAUUUAAGGUCUCUCAUUUUCUGAGAAGAAAAUUGGGCUUGAGCACUUAAAGCCAAAUAUAAGUGUCUCUGAGUUCUUAACAAGGCCUUGGGAAAUCUACAGUACUUCAGGGCUAAUUUCUGUAUCCAUUUUUAUCUGCAUCUUAUUCAGGCACAUUUUCUUUCCAUUCUACAAGCAGGCAAACUAUUUUCUUUGGCAGAUUGUACCAGAGGAGAACAUACCAGCAAAAUACUAAAAUGAUUUGAUGCCUGAUAAUAGAAGAUGACUUGCUCCUUAUCAGAAGACACUAGUUAAUUCCAACAUUAUAAUGUAUUAGAAUCCGUUUGGUGCUCAAGUGAUCUGUGAUGAUAGUAAUGCAGUAGCUUCAGUCAGCCAACAUUAAGGUUGUGACCUGGUUCUUGGGAGCUAUUGAAGCCUGUCCUGUAAAAAUACAUUGUGAUACAUGGUAUAUUUCUCUGUCUGUAAAACCUAGGCUUUAUUUGAUUUUUCUGCUGCAGUUUCAUUCAAAAUUUCAUUUUCCACAGUAUCCAGAUGCCUGUCCUGGGAAAUGUAGUAGUCUUUCCUUGAGGUGUUAUUUUUGAUGUUUUACCUUGUGUUCAUGAUUGUGUAUCUUAAGUAUGUGCUCUGCGAGCUCUCUGUAGGUAGCAAAGUCCUGUGGGUGCUGAUAAAGUUAGUCUGUUCAGGUAUUUCUCUGAUAACCACUCAGGACUGUUUAUGUUGUACCUGGAAAGCUGUCAGAUGGUCAUUCGUGUGGUGUAAUUCUCUCUUUGCUUUAUUUAAUCACUGAAUGUACUACAUAAACUUAGGAAGAAAGAUGCCUGCAGUUUGAACACAAGCACUCUUCUGCAGUGAUAGCAGCUGCCUCUCGACAUCACAGCAGGAUCCAUACAUCCCAAAUUUUUGGUCCUUACCAUGUGGCCCAAGAACCCCUUGGAGCUGCGGCCAGGCUGCUGGCUGCUUCGGCGCUGGGCAUCACGGCAUGGGGGGAUGCUUUCUUCAGCUCCCAUAGCUCUGCUGCAGCUUACACAAAACUUUUCAAGCAAAAAUUCCUGCUGAAGCAUAUGGGAGAAAAUAUGUUGUGUGUUAGGUAUACAGCAGUAGCUCAGACAAGGUGUUUGGUGUCACUGGAUCUGUUUUGUUCCCAUGGUUGCCGGGCUGUGACCUUAACAGGGAUCUCAAUUUAUAUGCUCAAGGACAUCCACACAUACUUCUUUUCAUCAGGAAGAUGCUAUGUUGCUACCAUUUCUUUUCUUUCUGCAGGUGCAAGAAUUGUUUGUUCUGUUAGGUGCAACAGCUGUUCUGUGCUGCCUGACUGAGGUAUCAAAAAUGGUAAUUUUUCUACUGCUCUGAUUUCUUCUUGCCUGAAUAUGGCCUUUCUAUCAUACCCUCCUUGGCUUUUGGUGCCAUCUCUCUAAUCUCCUUUCUUAAAACAUCCACACCCCUCAAAUACUUUUCCACCUCUUUCUUUGCCACUCUGUCCUACCGUUUGCUUGUCAUAUUGAUCACGAUGGCUAUUUUGCCCUCAUCAAUCAUAAAAUGAAAAGUGGUCUUUGUGAAAAGAUUUGACUUCUAGGGCUCCUUGACUCUGCUAACCUCCUACUUAUUCAAGGUCUAGCAAGGAUUAACUUUGCAUUACAAAAUCUAAGAAAUUAAAACACACCCAAGACACCCUGAAUAAUAAAAGUUAUUUCUUGUUUGUAGCAAAAGCUUCAUAUUUUCCAAAAAUAUAGUUUAUUACAUCAUUUAAUAUUUUGACUUAAGCAGUAAAAUCUGAAAUCCAUUUUUACAAUUGUUCCUUCAGGAAAGAUUCUAUUAAGAACAGGGCAGUAUUUUUCAUACUCUACGUUAAUGCCAUUUCAUUUAAUGCCUAAAAUAAACCUUCCCUGUAUUGCAAAUGUAUUACACCUUUCAGUACUGUACCUUCUGUUCUGGAGAUGGCACGUCAGAUCAUGGUAAUUAAAGUAGUCUUGUUUAUCUGCAAAAUAAAAUGAGAAGCACAAUA